AGUGGGAGGGGCGCCCCACCUCGCGCCUCGCAGCCUGGGCCGCCAGCCCAGAGCUCCUUAGGCCACUCCGCCGCGUGGCCGAGCCAUGCCCUCCCCGUGGCCGGCCGGCCAUGCCGAGCAGCCGCACGGCGUGGCCCGCGAGGCGCCGCCCGAGCCCGCGCCGCCCGAGGCGCCCGGGGCACCGCCCGAGGCACCCGAGGCGCCCGCGGAGGCUGCCAGGGCGCCGCCCGAGCCGCCCAGGGCACCGCCCGAGGCUCCCAGAGAGGCUCGUGCCCGCGCCGACGCCCCCUCGUCGCGCCAGAAGGCGAUCGGCACCACGGCGCGGGAGGAGGCGCUGCCGGACCGCACGGCGGUCGUGUUCGAGAGGCGCGAGGACGGUCGCAGCGAGGAGCCGCUCAUGGUGCCGAAGCGCUGCCUCGUGCCCGGCAAGGCGUGCAAGCACGCCUUCCGGCGACGCCAGCCAGGGACCGCCCUCUUCACCAGCGACAAUCUGUACGUCAAGGGCGUCAUGGCAGUGAAGAUGGCAACCCGCGGCAAGAUGAUCGAGGGAAGCAGCGACAUUGAGGAAGCAGACGCGGAACCGCCCCCAGACGUUGAAGAUUGUGGCGACACCUACGCCAGCCACUUUGUGCGCCUGCACAUCGACGGCAACGGCAAGCGAACGUUUGACCCGCCUCGGCUUCGGGUUUUGGCUGGCGAGGUGGUUCAUUUUUCGUGGCGCAGCGAAACGAAGCCUUUGCAGCUCCUUGAAACAGAUCGGGAGUUCAACCCUGAAGCAAACGUGAAGGAGGAUGGGGUACAAAUCGUUAAAGGUGGCGAGCGUGACUGCAAAGUCAAGAUAGCCCAAUACACAAAGGGAGAGCGCAUAUAUUUCGUCGCCGAUGGAUACUCCGAAGAUGCCCGCAUGCAGAUUACAGUGGUGGCCGGCUGGGUUGUGGAUGCCCGUCGGAUUGUACGGCAGGUCGUCCCGUUGGUGAUUGCAGCCGUCGUGAUGGCGGCCUUGGCAUUCUUGGCAGUGGAUUACAUCGAAAAUAUGUCAGUCGUCGAAGCUUUCUUUGACUGCCAGGGAAAGCCAGAUUAUUGCGGUGGCCCCAUGACGGCGCUGAAAAAACAUAUCUUCUCAACAGCAGCACUACCUAUGUGCAGCGCAUUCGGUAUAAUCGCGAUCUUCAUUCCGAAAACAAUCAUCAGUAUGUUCUGGUUUGCGCCUACGCUGUGUCAUUACCAGCAAGGGUUUCGCUACGAAGUUGGGUUCUUCCUGCGGGUGGCGGGCACGGGGUUUUUGAUCCUCCCAUUCGCAUUCGUUUUUGCGGACUGGAUCAUGAUCUCGUCGUACAGUUGGGGUGUGACCGACCUCUUCCACACGUUUGGCCACUUCGUCCAGACCAUCCUGGACGACCUGCUCAUCGUUGUGACGGGCACAGGGAAGCUGCUCAGGGUCUCCUCGGCCUUGGAGAGUGCUGGAUACGGCUCUCCCCCGGACUCGAGUGUCCUUGACGCCAUCUUGGAGUACGAGUCCCAGGUGCGCGGGUACACCCAGCUCGGGGUGGACUUGUUGGCGACCAUCGUCCUGGUAAGGCUCACCCUCGUCUUCACGAGCCUUCUUUUUGUGGUGGUCGCCCUGUCCUACGGCGCCGCUGGCCUGGUGCGCCGGUCCCCAGCUUUCCUGCACAAGUCUUCGUGGUUGAGCAUCGUGUCGUUGGCGCUGGUCUUGUGGUCUCUAGGGAUGAGCGCUUUCUUCCACAGGCUGUGGCUCGAGACCUACAACACCUACCUCAGCGUCGACGGCGUCGUCUCCAUGCCGGCUGGGGGAGUGCAGCCCUUGGCCGUCACCUUGCUCUCCAGCUGUUCCGACAGCCUGCAGGCGGCCACAAUCCCGGUCAAUGCGCUGCUCGCGCCGCUGCAGGCCGUCCUGGGGAGCUUGGGCUCGGCGCUGCUGGUCGAAUUCUCUGACGGGUCUGUCAUAACAGGUGAAGACGUGGAGAGAUUUGCCAACGAGGUAGAGGUGCAGUUGGGGUCGCUGCGUCACUGGAUGUCUCAGAAGGACGCUCGUACAGAGGAGUUCGGCUUGGAUCUCCUCGAGGGUGUUACCAUGGAGCAGUUUGCUGAGGCCCUCGAGGGAGGUGUGCUUACUGCACAAGUACUAGCCGAUUCUGUGCAAUGCAAGCAGAUCAGCCCAUUCCUGAGCGUCAUGCAGCGACUGCUGGACCACGACAUCUACCGCAGGGGCGUCGUCUACGUGGAAUACGUACUUGCGGCGUUGCUACUACUUUGGUCCAUAUUCGCCAGGAUUACAGUGUAUGUAUUACUGCGUCCUCACAAAAUCUACCACGAUAGAGUGGCACGGCGUUGGUUUCGAUUCAAAAUUUGUUACCGUGUAUCCGUCAGGCUGCGUAAGGCGACCGUCGGCAACCGCUACCAUGCCCAUAGAGUAAAGACGCACUGCUGGGAUAGACUUCGCUUCCUCGAUGGAUUGCUGCUGCUGAACACUGUGACGACCACGGUGCUCUGCACGGCUGGUGGUAUGUUCCUGUUCUUGGAGUCACACCUCAGCCCGACAUGGCAGUGGGUGGAAGCAGGAGCCUUCUUGCUCAUUGCCUCGUCGGCGCUGGGCUACGCAGGAGCGUGGAGAGAGCUGGGCGCCUGCCGCAACAAGGCUCUCCGCGCGGCUGGCGUGCUCGCAGCGGCGGCUGCCACGGGGUGCCUCGCCUACUCCGCGGCGGACACCGUCAACCGGCAGCUGGAGUGCAUCCAGAAAGUCCGCUACGACCCCUCGGCCGUAGGGCCCACCGCCCAGACGGCGCUCACGACGACCCGUGCGGCGACGGAGUCCGCCGACGGGUGGAACCUGGACGUCACAGGCCAGGGCCUGUCCGAUGGUGACCGGCUGGGCCUGGUCAGGGACGGGGCCAGCUGCCCUCAGGCGGAGGGUGCCUCCUUCGACGCUCAGUCGACGAAGACGACCUCGUUCGGCCGCCGGCACCACUUCCAGACUACGCUCGAGAGCGGGACCUACGGCCUUUGCUGGUGUCCCAGCGGCGGCAGGUGCCACCGCGCCGAGAACUACAAGUUCUUCGCUGGCCGGCUCUACGUCGACGAGCCCGUGGACAAGUUCGAUGCGUGCACACUGGAGGUGAUGGCAGGGAUGUCUCAGAGCGCAUUGGCUGUGGCAGUGAUUCUCCCUUUCUGUGUGCUCCGCAUCGUAUUGGGCAUUGCAACUCUAUUCCACUGCGUGUACAGCGCGCAUAUCACCGAUCGCCAGCGUAUGGUAACGCGGACGCUGGCUGAUGAGAACCCUUCGUCUGCCAGCGCCUUUAAAGUAAACAAAAGAACAAGUCACAAAGAUUCGGACUUCAAGCACCUCAAGGCGUGGUGGCUGCGGUUCAGAUGGUGCCAUUGGUUGGUCGUGGCGUGUGCGCUCGCCCUGUUCACAGCCGGAGUCGUCUCCGUGGUCGUCAUCUCGCACCAGCCGAGCGACCAGUGCUACGAGGUUGAUGGUUGCGAUUUCACGGCGCCCGUGGUGGCGGAGACCCCCAUUUUGCAGUCUUGCCCGACGUGCUGCAACCUGCAGGAGGCCACCUGCGGUAAGCGGGUCGACCAGGUAGCGUUUGCCACGGUCCACAAUGCAAUGUCCUCGGCGGACUUGCUGUGGAAUUUCCCAAACAACUUGAUCGAUUGGCGCAAGUCUCUGUCUGCAGGCGUGAGGGGGCUCAUGUUCGAUCUGCACUAUCGGUGGCCUUCGAACGCAAGCAGCGAUGACCUGGCCAGACCUGGCGUGGUGUACCUCUGUCACGGUUUUUGCGGCCUGGGAAAUUCAAGGUUUGUUGAUGCGCUCUCUGGUGUCAAAGAGUUCUUGGAUGAUAAUCCACGUGAACUGAUCGUCCUCAUUCUGGAACAGUACGUGGCCUCCUACGAUGUGAUCAAGGCGCUAUCUGCUGCUGGGCUCAUGGCGUACUGUUGUUAUGGCCACCCAGAUGUAUCAGAGCCUUGGCCGACUGUAGAAUCGUUGAUCAAUGACAGUAAGCGCUUGCUUAUAUUUUCAAACAAGGCCGCGGAUUACAAAGGUUUUGCGCAUAAUGGUGAUGCUCUAACAGAAGAUGAUUUCGAUUUAGAUUUUGCGGCGACAACGGGCGUCAGUUGGUGGCAUAGGAGCAGAGAAUACAUGGCGACAACAGCGUACGCAUACGACAAUGAGACCGUGAUGAGAGGCGAUUGUUCGUUAGACAGCGUUGAAACCGAAGUCGAGAUCACAGAUUUCGCUGAGACGUCUCAGUCACCCGGUUCACUUGGACAGGCGGCUUACCGCCUGAUCGUCGCCAACCAUUUCGUAUCGACCCCGUUGCCGUGUGAGAUCUGCGCAGUCGACGCAAACCAGAAUUCGAGUUUGAAGAAGCGAGUCUUGGAUUGCCGCGAUCAGUGGGACCAUCAGGUAAAUUUCCCUACCGUUGACUUUUGGUCAUUGGGUGAAAUUGUCAAAGUUGCUGGGCAUUUGAACGAGGAGUAGUGUGGACAUUUCUACGGCUGUCAGUGCUGGCUAUCGCUGGACGCUGGUGCGCAAGUGGGCACGUUGUGUUUUCCGUGGCAGAUGUCUGGCCGUAUUCACUAGCUUGCUGUACACGUCGAGCGGUCGUUUUCAAUUCAGGCAGCCAUCCUCGUUGGACCUUUCGAGGGCAAUCCAUGAUUCAAAAUUGCAGUGCGCGUUGACAACCGAUCCGCCGAAGCGGCAAGGGACCGAUCAGCAUCCGACAUAGUCGUGCUCUCGUUGUUCCUUGCCACAAGCCCCCGCCAGAGGAUGUGGCGCACUUGCUCCAGCGAUUGAGACUCAUCCCCUCCAGCUCGGGGCUGGCAGUGCGAACUUCCACGCAGGCCACUUUCGGACCAGGAGCAGGGUAUGAGGCGAGGCGCUGCGAUGGGAGGAGUCCCACCCCCCUCUUCCCCUUUGUCUGCGCCCCCGCCCCGCUCAUCUUCCCCCUUAGUCUGCAGAGGCGACUGUUUUGCUGCUGCUCGAGAGUCGUAGCCAGGAGCAGUUCACACGUUGUUCGAUCGCGUCCCAACCAGCCAACGUCCCAUCCUCGUUCUCGUUCAGGGUCUCCCUCGGCACCUCCCAGGGCAAGUGGACCUCUCGGAGCUGGCCACGCCCUGCGAUCCUGGCGUCGCAUUUUUGCAGUCAUAUAUUAGAUCUAGUUGCACAAGGACAAGAAAAGCAGGCUUGCAGGUGUCACUUGAGAGCUUGGAGCUUCGUGUCCGUAUGCUAUCAUAUACACAGGUAUACACGAAAAAGGACGAUUGGACCAUCUGACGUCAUUCGAGCACCUGGAGUUUCACCUUGGUCUCCAAUUAGAGACCAUGUAUCGGUCAUCCAUUUUUUGCCGCCGCCACUGAGCCUCCUCCUGCCCUCUCCUCAUUGCCAUCUUCCGCCUCCGUUUACCC